UAUGGAUGCUGGGAUUUUAAGAAAGGUUCACUUCCGCGAUGGACCAGCGUGGAGGAGUUCCGACCGGUCUUCGGUUCGGAGAUAGCGCUGGCGCCUCCCCUGCGUCCGCCAAGACAGACACCUCCACUUUACACUCGAGCAACUUCAUGCCAGUCUCUUUACCCACUGCCGGCAAUGGCGGCGACGACCUGCAGCGCAGCUUCGCCCCGGGUGAGUCGACAAUCAACGACAUGGCGCGCACCAACGCGCUGGCCGACCGCAACACCAUCGUGGACAUGAGUCUGCGGCUCGCGCGCUUCGUGCUGUGCGUGGCAGUGGCACUUAUCUUCGCAUUCGGCUUUGCUCUGCUCACGAGCAACAAGAAGACGCUCACAUACGUGUACGAGAACAAACUGCCAGCCAACGAGACGCUGUCUACCAAGGCCUCGUCCGUCGUGGAGGACUACAACACGCUCUUCGGUUAUAUACUGUUCGCGGGAGGCAAGGUCUUCGAGGUAUUCUGCGAGACGCUCAUCUUCCCCACGCUCGCCACAUAUCUGCACAAUUGUAGUCUGUACCCCGGAGACCAGCCAGCGCGGAUGCACUCAGUUGCCAAGGCACGCUGCAUCUUUUGGGGGCUAAAGACUGUCAUUAUCCUCAUGAACGUCGGAUUUACGAGUGUCUAUGUUGGUCAAACCACCUAUGAAGCCGGGCAACUUCCUCGACGCCUUGCUGUCUCGGACGAUCUCGCAACCAUGUUGACACAGAUAGCGACGCCAUGGUCUGUUGACUCCAACGGUGAUGUGCUUCACUCGAUCCUUCGGACAUCGAUGACCGGAACUACGACUCCAUUCGCGUUCGAAGAUACCUGCAAAUGGUCAAAACACAACGAUGACGACGCAGCACAGCAGUGGGGAGCCUGGGCCGACGACGUGGACACCACAUCCGUGAGCUUCAGCUUCCCGUCGCACGCGUGGAACACUGCUCUGCUUUCAUCGCACACAACGGUGCCGACGAGGUCAGCGGAAAUUCCACUACGCGACUACCUGGCCACGACUGAGAAGUACAUGAUCACGGACGACUGGGACGUUGCAGAACUGUACUCGACCUUCAAGCAGGGUUUGGCUAAACUGGGGCUAGUGAAUGCUUCAGUGGAUGCGGCAACUCCUCAGUCAUUCGAUGAGCUGGUUCAUGUGGUUGCGAGUGCUUUGAAGGCAGUGCUACCCGGCAGCACUCGAGUAGGGGAUCUGAUGUUGCGCCUGGAGCACCGUGAGCUGGCUGGGGACGUGCAGUUUACUAGUCUGACCGUAUCAAUCCCGGUUGAGGCGAAGGAUACGGGAACGAGACUGUGUGGAGCUACCGGUUGUGUCUACGCCACUUCAACAAGUGUCCUGGAACAACUUCACCUGCGGCCGGCCAUCUCUAUCGCGUCGUACACAGAGGACGAGAACUCCGCCUUAGUCUACAGCAGUUCCAAUCAGUUUGUCCAGGAAGUGACGGCAACUCAAACGCCGCACGAGGUACUAACAGUCUCGAUGGGCAAGUUGGCGUGGCAGCUGAGCCCACUUCACAUUCGCCAUGACGCUGCGUGUGUGGAUGACUCUGGGUGUCUCGGUCUGAGCCUGCCGUUCACCACAGACGACGGUGUACUACUGGUCGGAAAGGAAGCAUUGGCCACAAAAGACUUGAUGCACCCUAUGGCUCUUGUGACGCUGCAUCCGGCCUCAAUCCCAGAUAUGGCUCGUCCGGAAAUCGAUACACUCACGUCGUGGCACCGACUGGUAUCAUCGAAUGGCAUGCUUGUGCGUCCAAGUCCGUCUGAAUGCACUUCGUUGGUGGAUGCGUACCUAACUCACCUCGAGGCAAACCACUUCUACUUGGACAAUCAACUAUCCCACGAGAUGUACUCUGCAGCGCUGUUUUACUUGGUCCAGCGUGGCGUGCCGACGUCGUUCGCAGAUGCCAUAUCGCGGCGACGUCUCGCUGUAUCUGCUGCGAUGGCAUCCAGUGGCUCUGGUUCCGGUAAUACCACAGGGGCUCGUGCUACGACGGACAUUGAAGUGAACGUUCCGACUGCGACGGCUUUGGUGACGGUGGCUGGGUGUAUUUUCAUCGUUCUGCUGAUGCUCUGUGUCAUUUACCUGCCGACGGCGCGCGUCAAGCUGUCACCCGACACGACACCGGCCGCUCAGUACGUGCAGAUCCUGACGGACGACUUGUACCCGGACUUGGUGCACAAGAAGCGAUUACGAUUCGCAAACGGUGACUGUCUUCUGUUUAACGAGUAUGUGAUAGACGCGAUCGUACUGCAUGCCAAGCGCGACCAGACCAAGAAGAUUUAUCUGUAAAUUGGACGUGAAAGUUUUGACUAGAAAGAUGGAUAAAAUACCGUGAUAAAGUCUAGUUGUAUAACGUUUGGGUUGCUGCUCUCGGUCGACUUCGUGCGUAAGCGUGAAAAAUUACUCAGCAAAAGAUCUCAGAACCCAUCGGCGUCUU